CAGCUGAGCUGAGCUCGCUUGCUUGUUGGCUCAAAAGAGGUAAAGAAACCGACCGCGGCGAGAUCCUCCGGUGGGCGGCGGCAUGGCGAUGGAGGACAACGAGGACAUGUGGGCGAACACGUCCAGCCCCAGCGCGUCGCCGCCGGGGCCGACGGCGGGGGAGGGGGGGUUCAUCUCCACAGCGCUCAGCCUCAACUCGACGCACCUCCACGGCCUCCUCUCCUCGUCCUUCGUCGCCGCCGACCCCCCGUCCCACGCCGGCAGCAACAACGACGACAGCAGCGGCUACCGCAAUGCCGCGCCGACGUCGUCCUUCUUCUCCCCCGCCUCGUACCACUACCACGGCCACCCCCUCGCUCCUCCCCCCGCGCCGCUCGACGCCGCCCGCCGCGCGUUCGAGCUCAACAUGUGCGCCGCCGGCGCCGGCGCCCCCGCCGCCGGGGACCGCCGCAAGAAGCGGAUGAUCAAGAACCGCGAGUCCGCGGCGAGGUCCCGCGCGCGCAAGCAGGCCCGCGUCAACAACCUGGAGGCCGAGGUGGAGCAGCUCAAGCAGGAGAACAAGAUGCUCCGCGUCAAGUACGAGCAGCUGAGGAAGACGGUGGAGGUACCCGUGCCGGUGAGGAGGACUCUGCAGAGGGUGCUCUCCGCGCCAUUCUGAUCCCUCCUCUUCUUCUUGCUCCUCCAGACACCAGAGGAGACAGAGCAUUCAUGGUCUCCUCCUCCUGCUGCUGCUAUCUGAUGAUCUUGCACUUGUUUUUUUGAGAUGGUGGCAGAUAAUUAGUAGAGAAUAGCGAUAAGCGAGUACUUAAUUACUGCCACCACCCACCACCACCACUUCUCACAUAGCUUGCGUUGCUGUGAUGCUUAAUUAGCAGGUAAUCCAGCCAUGUACAUUCAGGUGGACCUUAGCUACUACUGCUGGGUUAUUACUACUUAAUUAGACAAGUGGCAGCGUUAAGCUGAAGCUUUAGUUAGCUUUGCAACACUUGGCUUAAUUAAUCUGUGCAGUGGCAGUUGCUGGCAUGUUGCAUUAUUGUCAAGUCUCCCAGGGGGAGGCCAUAGCUGCUGCAGUGCUUGCCUUGCUCUGUUUUGGUGUGUUAGGCUUUCUAUGGUGGUAGUUGUAGUAGUAGUAAUGGCCUACAGCUUGUCUCAUGGUAUCAGGCAGAAAGAUGAGCUGCUUGUACAAAUUUGGUAACUAUUGCUUCAUGGAACAAUGACAUUUUGGGCCUGAGGAAAAGGGAAAGAAGAGUCCUCUUCCAUAGCUAUAUGUUUCGUAUGGGUUCAUGUCGAUGGGUUGGAGAUUGGGGUUUUCUUCUGAUCUCCCUUUUGUUGUGCAAUGUGAUCUUGAUGUGUUAGCUGCCAUGUCGCUUUCGUUUCAUCUACCUGAUUACUGAAAUGUUAAA